AAGGGGCGGGGCGGAGAGCCCCCCAGAGUUGCUGGGUCGCGAUCCCGACCCGGAGCAAGAGGCCUUGGCACGCUCAGCGCUCGCUUCUUCCCCGCAGCAGGCCCUGCAACGGUCCGGCGAUGGAGUUUCCGGAUCUCGGGGCUCACUGUUCCGAGCCGAGCUGUCAGCGCUUGGGUGAGGGGCGGAGCGCGCGGGGGACGAGGCCGAACGGAUGGGGCUGGGGACCGCAGAUUUUCUGCCGCUCAAGUGCGAUGCUUGCUCCGGCAUCUUCUGCGCAGACCAUGUGGCCUAUGCCCAGCAUCACUGUGGAUCAGCUUACCAAAAGGAUAUCCAGGUACCUGUAUGCCCCCUUUGUAAUGCGCCUGUGCCAGGGGCCAGAGGGGAGCCCCCUGACCGAGCUGUGGGAGAACACAUUGACAGAGACUGUCGCUCUGAUCCAGCACAACAAAAGCGCAAGAUCUUCACCAAUAAGUGUGAGCGUUCAGGCUGCCGGCAGCGGGAGAUGAUGAAACUGACCUGUGACUGCUGUGGUCGAAACUUCUGCAUCAAGCAUCGUCACCCACUGGACCAUGAUUGCUCUGGGGAGGGGCACCCGACCAGUAGAGCAGGGCUUGCUGCGAUCUCCAGAGCACAAGGUCUGGCUUCUACAAGCACUGUCCCCAGCCCAAGUCAGACCAUGCUUUCCUCUUCCUCUCCCAGCAGAGCCACAGCCCAGUCUCAAUCUCAGACAGCCCCUCCAGUGAUUGCUUUGCAGAAUGGCUUGAGUGAGGAUGAGGCUCUGCAACGUGCCCUGGAAUUAUCCCUGGCAGAGACCAAACCCCAGGUCCCAAGUUCUCAGGAGGAAGAAGACUUGGCUUUAGCACAAGCACUGUCAGCCAGUGAGGCAGAAUACCAACAGCAGCAGGCGCAGAGCCGCAGCUUGAAGCCGUCCAACUGCAGCCUGUGCUAGGGUCCUGGGCUUGGGGAAGGAGGCUCAUCUGAGGACUGUGGCCCUCACACCCCCAGGGUAUACAUGCAGAGGAGGCACAAAACAGUCUGGAACACAGAGACAAGCAGGAGUGAAGUGGAGGCCACUUGGGAGCCUCUCAAGGAAGGAGGCUUAUGCAGCUAUGCCUAGGAAAGGCCCUGUCAGCUCUCCUGCUGCAGAGUGGUUGGGUCCAUUACCUGGUUGGGCUUUGGUGGGUGCUGGCUAGAUUCUAUUCCUAGCCCCCCCAUCAUGUCAUCACCUUUUCCCUGGGGCUGCUGCAUGUAGUGGGAAGGAAGGGGCAUGGAAAGAGUAAAGACCUUGGUGGUGAGUAA